AUGUGCAUUUGGUGCUACCUCAUCAACAUCAUCAUAACUCGACUUUUCGUGCUACCUCUUAUUGGAUUGUUUAUUGUUAAAGCCGCGGCGAAUUUCGGCCUUCUCCCUGUGGAUCCUUUGUUUCAGUACACUCUAGUUAUGCAAUAUGCAAUGCCACCAGCAACGAAUAUUAGUACUCUGGCGCAAUUGUUUGAUGUAGGAAAUGAAGAGUGUUCAGUUAUUCUGUUAUGUACUUAUAGUGCUGCGGCCAUAACACUUACUGCUUGGUCAACAUUCCUCUUGUGGUUAUUUUCAUAG